AUGAAAAGGUGUAGUGAAAGAAAUGAAGAGAUAUUUAAUUUUAAUAAAAAAAAGAAAAAUGAUAAAAAUAAUUCAUCGUUUGAUUUGUUGUAUGAUUGUAAAGAAGGAUAUUCCUUUUGCAAAAAAAACAAUUUCAAUAAUUUAAAUGGAUUAUUAAUUGAAAAAAAUAUAUUUUUAUUUAAUUUUAUUUUAAGUAUAAAAUAUAAUGAAGAAAAAAAGAAAAAAAAAAACAGCAAAAAUGGCAAUGACCAAAAUGGCAAUGAACAAAAUGGCAAUGAACAAAAUGGCAAUGAACAAAAUGGUAAUGAGCAAAAUGACGACAACCAACUAGACUUAUAUUAUUUUUUUCAAAAUCAAAAAAUUUUAAUUAAUCAUGAUAAUUUGGAAAGUACAAAGUUCAAAGAAACAAUUACAGAACAUUUUGAAAAGGAUGAAAAAGUUUCAAAUUCUUAUGACAAAAAAAUAGAAAUAUUUUAUGAAAAAAAAUUUAAAUUUUUAUUAAAAAGUAAUUAUUUUUUUUAUAUAAAAAGAUAUAUCCAUAAUAUUUUAACAAAUGUUGAUAUAUGCACACAUGACAAACCAAAUGAAACAUUUUUUGAAUUUUUUAGUAUAUUUAAAAAUGAUAAAAAAAAAAUAUGGUUUGAAAAUGGAAAUGAAUUAUUAAGCGACAUAUAUUUUGAUGUGUCUGAAGUAUCAGAUGAUAGUGAUUAUAAUUACUUUUAUGAAAAAGCAAAUCAAAUUGUUGAAUUUGAUGAAGAGCAUAUGGAACUAGACAAUGAAGAAGAAUGUGUUGAGACAAAAAUAGAAAAAAGUAAUAGUCUUCCAAAUAAUUUAGAAUAUAAUAAAAAUGAUAAAUUUAAUAAAUUUGAAAAAAGGGUUUCUAUUUUUUCACCUGAUUAUGAAAAAAAAAAAAAAAAAAAUAAGGAAAGACGUUUUGAAAAAUAUAUAUGUCGAUGUUGUUUAAAGCAAAAAAAAGAUAUGCAUAAUUUUUACAAUAAUAAUAAUGAGGAUGGGGAAAAUAUAUUUUAUGCAAAAUUUUCAAACGUAUGUUUAUUACAAAUAUUUAUGUCAAAUUUAACAACAGAUGAACUAAAGUAUUGGGUAAAAAUAAAAGAUUGUAUUGAAAAUAUGUUAGGUAAUAUAAAAUCGAAUAUAUUUUAUAAGGGGAUGUCUAAUUAUGUAGAAUUGCCUUAUAUUGAAAUGCUAGAUCAUAUGGACAACACUUUUAAAUUUAUAAAAAAAAAAAAAAAAUUAAUUAUUUUAAAAAAAAAAAGUAAAAUAAUCAAAUGCUUGUUUGAAAAAACAUAUAAUUCAAUUCGAAUUUCUGUUAAAUAUAAAAUAAUUUCUGGAAAUCAAAAAUUUGACUAUUUUUGCAAAGACGCAAUGCAAAAAUAUCAAAAAAAAAUGAAAAAAAAUAUAUUUACAAAUAAUUCAAGUAAUUUUAAGUCACCCCACGAUAGUAAUAAUGGUGAACUGGGUGAAGUGCAUAAUUAUUUAAAUCCUAUUGUCUUUAAAAAUAAAGUAAAAAAGGAUUAUGAUUUUUCGAUUUUAAUUCAUACUAAACAUAUAGAAAUAUAUGGUUACAUUUAUAUGCGAAAUUAUAUUUUCUUUUUAUUAAUUAUGAUAGAGGUUUACAUGUUUAUUCAUUUUAAUGAAAUAAGUUAUACAUACUCUAGUAAUACUGAAAUAUUUUUAGAUCAAAUUUUAAAAAACCUUUUCACAUAA